UGUUGCAGAUGGUGACGCGCAUGUGCGAGAAUUCAAUCAGUGCUUCCCAUCUCCACUACUAGAUUGCGCUGGCUCGAACCGACCAUCUCAUUUUGGUUUAGCUGGUUGCGAGAUAUGUGUGUCGUCCACUAAUCUCAAAGAAGAAACGUCAGUGUGCUACGAAAAUCGCCGACGAUUACAAGACGACUAUCUAUUAAAAUGUGUUGAUAAGUGCUUUCAUUCACAUGGUGCGGGUCAUGUUGUGAUACAGUGCGGUUAUACUGAAAAAAAAAUCCACUAUGUAGGUGGAGAUGGUGGUACUCAAAUAUCAGUGAUUGUUAUCAGUUGUGAUUAUUCUCUAAAAUGUUAUAUUAUACAUGUUAAACGUGGAAUUGAUAUUGAAACAAGUAGAUAACUGAGAACAUAUCAACCCAACUGGAAUAUCGAAGGGUUCUCCGAACAGGUACAUUAAGUAAUUUGUAAAACCUCGUCUUCUGAAAAGUAGUAAUAUCCCUUCACAAACAUUUUCCAAAAAGGAAAAUAUUGUUGCAAGGUAGAUUUUUAUUGUUAACUUUUGAAGAGGUUAGGGAAAAUUGAAACUUGAAACCACACUAUAUCGACAAGAUUUAUGAACAUUUGUUAUUGAUUGCAACCCAAUUUGAACGGUUGAACUGAAUAAAAAAAGCAACAACAAAUAGAAAGAAAGAUACGUACGGUAUGUACUUCAUCUUUGGAUAAAAUAUUUGAGUUUAUGUAUAGCUCUUCAUAUAGUCUUUUGCACACUUGAAAACGAUAUCCGAAAACCACACGUGGUUUGCAAGAUUUAUUUUUUAUUCAAAGCCUGUAUCUCCCGAUGUGCGGAAUUAUUUCUUAUUUCGUCUUUUGAUGUGUGCAUUUUCCAUUGAAGCGUGUUCAAGUUAUGUGAAUACUUGAGUUGGACCCUGAGUGUUGACUGCCUCCCCGAGAGGCGGCACGACCAUGCUGUCGUACAUGGUUCCCUCCCUGGAGGAGAAGCCGCCUCCAGUGCCGGUCCCGCAGACCUCUGCUUCCUCCUCAACGUCCGCGGCCUCCAAGGAUCAUCGCCUCCAACUUUCGCUGGCCCCCGAUCGCCUCACUAACGGACAAUUGACUAACGGCCAUCAUGCCGCCCCCGCACCACAUGCUACCGCCCCCGGAGGCCGUAAAGCGGCCGUUUCCACGGAAAGCAGCGCUAGCAGUUUGAGCAGUGGCGACACACAGACUCACCACGACAAGCCUAAGCCCAAACUACUCAAUGGAGCCACCAAAAACACUUCUCUCAAAAGGGUAUCAUUUGGGAGCUCGAAGGGUUCCAUGGUGGAGACUCUGAUCUACGAGAGCCCCCUCCAGGAGGAGCCUGAGGGCAGCCCAACCUCCACUUCCGACGUCACCUCAACCUCACAAGCUGCUGACCCCGAAACCGCUGGGGCGAAGGCUCCGUCCAAGGUUCGAGUGACGUUCUUCGAGCAGGAGAGACCUCUGGUGGUGAGCUCACCCGACGACCUUGAUGCGACCAUGACCGCCGUAACCACCUCCACCACCACCACCACCAUAAUCACCGACCACCACAACACCACCUACAACCGGCAAGAAAGUACGGACAGCGGUUGGGACAACCCAUUCCGGCCGGAUGGCGACCUGUCGCGGGAGGCCGACGAGAUAGUCCAGCUGAUCAAGGGCGGCAAACAGCUGACCACGCAGACACACGCGCAGGCGCAUGAGGUGGACGGAUCAGCUGUGACCGUGAACGGGUCGGCCGCCUCUCCGCUGCUGUCAGCUGUAUCGGCGACGACCACCUCCCAGCAGCAGAGUCCCGCCAAAGGAGUGAACGGCACGUCACCGACCGAUAAGUCGGCACCCGCCACGGCUGCCGUCGAGCUGCAACGUGUCACGCCAAACGACGCAUCACAAGUCGAACAUGUCGUGCUCAAGAAAAAGCCAAAGUGCAAGUGCUGUGUCAUCCAGUAAACUAGCCACACGCCACAGUUGUCCUCUCUGCUACAACUUCAAUCAAUGUUGCAUCACUACAUCAAAAUCAACUCAUUCAAUGGCAUAUUGAAGACGAAGAUACAGUCUUGGACUAGUAACCUUGAGUUACAGCAUAGAGAGAAGAUAGCAUAAGAAGAAAGCAAUUAAAAUAUAGCACUUAUGCUAUCUUUUCUCUUUAGUUAGAGUAAGUUUUGUGUAUAUUGCCUGAUAAAAAUCAAGCCAUUCAAUGGCAUAUUGACGACGAUAUUAUAGUUUUGGACUAGCAAACUUGGGUUAGAGCAUAGUGAAAAGAUAGCAUACGAUGAAACAUGAAAGCAGAUAGACUAUACAUACUUAUGCUAUCUUUUCUCUUUGGUUAGAGUGAGUUUUGUGUAGGCCUUUAUUGCCUGAUGAAAAUCGAGCCAUUCAAUGGCAUAUUGACGACAAAGAUAUUAUAGUCUUGGACUAGUGAACUUGAGUAAGAGUAAGUUUCGUGUAAGCUACAUUGCCUGAUGAAAAUCAAGUCAUUUUAUGGCAUAUUGAAGCUAUUGUCUCGGAUAAGUGAACUGGAUUAGAUGGUGUAUAUUGUCUGAUGAAAACCAUGCCAUUUGAGGUAAUAUCACCAUAGAUCAAUAUUUCAAGUAAAUGAGAAAGUAUUAACUAACUUGCAUCAAAUACUAGACUAGUUCCCUUGAAUCAUUGUAUAUUGCUAGAUACAAAUUAAGUCAUACGAUUUCAUAUUGCCGUACAUAAAUUUCAAGUAUCCUGCAGAAAAAACAAUAAUAAUAGCAAAAAGUUGAUGUUGGUCUAAGAAGUUGUAGGUCAGGUAAAAUUGUAGGAAUGCUAGUUUGGAGGAAGUUGACUUAAUGAAAAUAAAGUUUUUAAUAUUUCGACCAUAAUCAAAAUCAGAUAAGGAUAUAAUAAUAUAUAUAUUCUGGGUAUUGAUACUAUGAUUUACCAUCCAACAAUGUAACGUUUGAAUUGAAGUAAACUUUUGUCAUUCUUAACAUAAUAAUCAAACUCAAUCUCAAAUUUACAUUCUGUUUACAAGAGCAGCCUAUUUUUAUUAGACUACAAUAAUUUUAAUCUAGACAACUUGUAGAAACUAUCUCAUUCUUAACUUUCUUCCAAAGGAUAAGCUCCUUUCAAACGUUCUCAGACGUUGUCUGUAGGUAUCAGUAUUUAAAGUUUUGAAUGUGAUUAUUUCAUCAUAUUCUAAUGUACCUGAAAUUUAAGGACGAUUUUAUUCUUGGAACAGCUGCAAUAAUUCAGUUGAGAUAUGGUUUGAUAAACUUGAUCUUUGCGAUUUAAUUGAUCCAACUACCCCUUUCCUCUUCAUCCAGAGGGAUGGGAACCUUCUUUCAUCAUCUGAAAAGGGAAAAGUUCUGAAGAAUCCUUGGGAGUUACAACACGAAUAUUGAAGUUAGUUUUCAGGGGCUUUGUGUACAAUAAGUUAUUAGAGUUUGAAUAAGAAGACAUGAUUAAUUUAUAUAAAACAUCGGGACAGCGAAUUUAAUUUCCAUUUUUUAUAGCACAACUGUUGAUACUAGGCUACCUAUAUUAGAGGUACGAAAACAUGAUACAGGUAAAAAUGCCCUAACUUGAUAGAACUAAUGAAUGUGAAGCCUAGAACCUAUGAUUAUUAUUCAACCAAUUUGUCAAGGUUACUGACAAAAUCAUCAACUCUGAGGAGUUAGUACUGUAAUUCCAAGCUAUCGUAAUUAAUGUAUUGAAUUUGCCAAUAUGGAUGUUAUUUUGAAAAUAAUUCAUAACUUUUUCAUAGUUAACUUGAAUCAUCCUGUAUCUAAGCAUUGAUAAGCUCAAAUUUAAAACUUUAAUUUUUCUUAUCUAGUUGAUAUUCUAUUUUUAUGAAUGUAAUAUUGACUUAGACUAACUAAUAUUGACAUCAGUUGCUAACUCCCUCUAUUGAUGAAUUUGUCGAUUUUCUCAUAGAUAGUUUUCCUAUCAAUAUUUUACAAUAUUGAUAUCAUUGGUGUUACAUGAAUUCUCCAUGAGAAUAAAUUCCAAUUACAUGUGAAUUUGAAGACAGAUUUCUUGUCCCUGUAAACUUACUUAUAUCGUGCAUUAAAACUGAUUCUCAGCUCUCAGUGGCUAUAUCCACACAAACCAUAAUAUUAUGAAAAUAAUGUUGAAUUCCUAAUGAACCAUGAAAUGUUUGACCCGCUGAAGAAUCAAAAUAGAAAGAGGCCACUACUUAUCGCUCAAUAUCUCGGCCAGCUAAGGUGCCUUAUCGACUAUAUUAAUUUCACUACUUCAUCACCCAAUUCCAACACUUAUUAUCAUUGUCAAUCAGUAAUGUUUACUAACCAAUAUCGAAUUUAUUGAAAACAACACAGAUACAAAACAUUUUCGGGACAAACGAUAACAAGCAGGGUUCUAUUAUGGUUUAGGUUAAUUGGAAAAGGGUUGGGGGGCUGGAUGGAGUAGUCAGUUGCCCUUCACCAUAAUCCCGAGGAGAACCCACCGGGGAGGACACGCUGACGCGCCUGUGCAGUAGAGGGGGGGCUCGAGUUGCCAUUGGUCAGUGGGGUGCUUGGCUUGCUGCUAGUGUCAUAGCCCUCUCCCGUCACUGGAUUUCCGUCUCGUCGUCGCGCCGACAGACUUUGACCGUUGUGUCGCCUAGUGACGUCACAGCCGUCACCUGUGACAGGGUUGCGCGGAGGAGACCCACGUAGCGAUGACUUGCUCGACUCUCUGGGCGAAUUGCCGCGUUCCGGGGUCGACGCCUGUGACCUUGUAAAGUGAAGCCUUGUAAAGUGACUAAUUAAUUUUCUGUUGGUUAUCCAUCUUGUUUCCACUAUUUAAUUUUAUAAAACUUUAAAGUGAAAAAGCACUCACAUUAUUUGAUGUGGCGACGUCCGUUUCGUGCUGGUAUUGCACAUUUUCAAGCCAAACAGGAACUGAAGUGUUUAAGGUUAUGAGGGUGAAAUUUGGUUGGGGUGGAGGGGAGUUUUGAUGACAAAGGGGAGUUUUGAUGACAAAGGGGAGUUUUGGUGGAGUUUUUGGACAAACUCAUUUAAAUACUCCUCCAUUAACCACCAAAACUCCCCUCCACCCCAACCAAAUUUCACCCUCAUAACCUUAAACACUUCAGUUCCUGUUUGGCUUGAAAAUGUGCAAUACCAGCACGAAACGGACGUCGCCACAUCAAAUAAAGUGAGUGCUUUUUCACUUUAAAGUUUUAUAAAAUUUAAUAGUGAAAAUUUUCCAUCUAUCAACUCAUCAUCAUCAUCCAUCUUUGUAAUUUUUAAUGUUCUCGACCAGAAAAUGAAUUAUCUGUUUCAUUAUCGUUUUCAAUUUUCUGUCAAUGUUAUCAAUGAACUGAAAAGUCUCUCCGUAAUUUAUUUGCUUUAUGUUAUUAACUUGACAUAUUAAUUUAGUGAAAAAUGUGGAUGAAUCUGUGUUGAGUGUUGAUGCAGCAGCAGAGGCUACUGUGGACUGUGUUUGCAAAUAGGUAUUAGACAGUGAAAGUGAUAGUGAACUAAUGACUGUUAACAGAGAAAUUUUUUAAGGCUGAUAGUGAGCAUUGCGUAUGAAUCACUAAAUUAACUAGGCUUUUGCGAAAAUCCUUGUAAAUCGUAAAAGCAGGUUCAAUGGAGAGCUCUAGUACACCUGCAAGUAAUGAGCUGUAUCUAUAACCUGAAUAGCUUGUAAAUCAUAAAUUCUAUUGUGUGUUUACGGAUGAAAUUACUUGUUAAUUUUGUUUGUGAUGAAAAUACUCCAAAAACGUUUGUCUAUUAUAAUCCCUGUGUAGUCAUUUUAAUUUAUAUUUGUAGAUAGGUGCCUAACUUUCAAUUAUUUCAGCAUUAUACUUGCGGUGAUCACGAUAUUAUGAGUAUUUGUCUUGGUGUAUCGAUAUUAAAGACCAAAUAAAUACACUGUAUAAUAUAGCUUGUAUGUAAAUAUUAACGAGAUAUUAUUUUUCAAAUUCCUUUCAGGCAGUUUGAUAAAUAAUUAUCAAUUAUAUCCAGUAAGAUGUAUCAUAUUGUUUCUUAUAGAUUUGUAUGUAUAAUAGAAGAUAUUAUUUUACUUUUAAUGUGAAAGAUCCUAUUAUUAAUUUCUGAUAUUAUUUAUUUUCAUUGUGCUUCAUCCUAGUGUCAUUGUUAAGUGCAUAAAUCGUUAGAUGAAUGUUGGCUAUACUUGAUAUAUUUAUAUUUUUUAAUUUGCUUCAAUUUAAUUGUCAAAAAUACUCAAAACUUUAAUUUAUAGUGUGUUUAUUUAUUUAUUUAUUCAUCCAUAUUAUCAGGAUAUAAAAUUUGUUUUUAAAAAUUGUUUAAUACAUUAUUUUUAUUGGGAACCACGUACAUUGCAAUUAUGUUAUUUACACAGUAUUAGUAAACUUUUCAGUCAAGGGAUGAAUUUAUUGUUUGUAGCGUUACAGUUUGAUUAUCAUUGUCUUCAAACAUAUUUUGUAAAUAAAUUCAGAUUAUAUUUCUGUUGUAGAAACACAUAUAUGAGGUAGUUAGUAUUUAAUGUAGUUUGUUAUUAGGCAGUGCUCUAUUACUACCUUGGCAAAAUUUGACCAACCUCCAAGUACAUUCUAUAAUUUAUUCUAUGAACAUCAAUGAAAAUUUGUUUUAGAUUUUUUACAUGAAUUCCAGUUGGAAAUUCUAGAAAAUUAUAGCCAAGUGUUUGUAAUGUACUAUUAUUAUAUUAUAAUAUUCUAUAACGUUAUAGUUUCUCUCAAGGUAUUAAUGUAUCUGCUACUCCAAACCAACAAAUAUUAGUUAAUACUAGUAAGAACAUUACUUCGUUUUUCUUUACAAUAGAAGCUGUUGAUACUGUAAAUCAAUUUUGUGCAUAUAGCACUGUGAUAUUACUUUUGAUUAUUCCAUUUAUCCUUAUUCAAAAACUCAACCAAUAGACUUUUCUUAUACAAAUCAUUGUUAUUGAAAGCUCUAUCUUGAUGUAUUUAGAUAAUGCAUAGUUAUGUAUUACAUAAAUAUAGGUUUCUCUUUUGACUGAAAUUGUUUGCUUCAUCACAGUUAAUAAAUUGAAUAUUUUUCUAUUGAUUUGUAUGUUGUUUUUGUCAAUUAAAUUUGUGAUUU